AUGUUGUUGUAUCUCAAAUUUGUACCUCUUCGGGCAGUCUUGUGUCGACGCGUGCCUUCUUUUGCAUCGGCAAGAACAUUUGCGGACAAGAUUUCAGACGCAUACAAUCGAUCUGUACAGACAAAAGGGCAAGCGGUAAAGGAAGCACCUACCGGAUACAUGACGAAGGCAAAAUUUGAAGCGCAAAUGAAAUCACAGAGAGUCCAGAGCUCAGACGCUGAUCAUGGCGAAAUCCCGACAAAGUGGCAGAGGUUCUGUCUCGUCUUAACAAGGUUGUAUCAACGUAAGAGUGAUAUACCGGAAUAUGUCGCAAGUGGAACAAUGAAUCGUAUGCACGACAGGAUGCGAGUAGUUUUCAUCACUGUUGGAGUUUGCUGUUUCUUCGUACUCUUUUUUUAUGCUGAAUCUCAAACGGCCAGUAAAAUUGCGCGAGAUCGUGAUGCGGGUGUCUCCUUGACACAUAAGAAUUCGCCACUGUUUCCUAGUUUCGAUGGUGGUGGAGGUGAUGAUGAUUCAAGCUCAUUUUUCGGUCAGAUCGAACAGUUCAAUACAACAUUCGGUUGUUACAGUAUGAGUUAUUUCGAAAAAUUCUAG